AGCAUCGAGUACUCGGAGCACGAGGUGCCGGUCAAUGCCACGGUCCGUUUGACCGGAUGGGGUCGCACCAGCGCUGGAGGUCCUGUUCCGACCAAGCUGCAAACCAUUAACCUGCGGACGCUCAGCAACGCUGACUGCAAAGUGCAAAGCGGUAACCCAGCCAAUGUAGAUGUCGGCCACGUGUGCACACUGACCAAGAGCGGCGAGGGAGCCUGCAAUGGAGACUCCGGUGGUCCACUGGUGUAUGAAGGCAAAGUGGUUGGGGUGGUAAACUUUGGCGUUCCGUGCGCCCGUGGUUUCCCGGAUGGCUUUGCGAGAGUGUCCUACUACCACGACUGGGUUCGCACAACCAUGGCUAACAAUUAGAUGUUCCAGUCAACUAGGCAAAACUGAUGAAACCGCACAACCACAAAAUUGUUUGCAAACUGAAAUUUCAAUAAAAGUGAAGUAGAAUUUUA